AUGGAUAAUAAUGUUGUUCAUGAGGUAAAACAAGAUGAUGUAGCUACAAAAGAUUCUUUGUUUUUACAAGUUAUAUCAUCUGCAUGUAUAGUUAUUACUUUAAUAUUAUUUGUUGUACCAUAUAAAGCAAUCAAAAUAGUUAUAGAAAAGAAAUCGGUUGGAAAUUUGGCAGGAAUGCAAUUUAUCUCAUCGUUGCUGAAUUGUUGUAAUUGGGUUCUCUACUCGCUACUUCUAGGAAAUGGUUCUAUUCUCUUUGUCAAUGGAUUGGGUGCAUUGUCAGCAGCCUUCUAUGUAUUUAAUUACUGGCGAUAUGUAUCUCCAGGCUCCGCUGCCAAAGACUUUCAAAACAAACUAUCAAUUGCAACUCUGAUAUUUGGUGCAACUAUACUCUUCACAUUCACUGCACCAACUCCACAGGAUCGUAGAGACAGACUAGGUUUAAUAGCAAGUACUAUCACAGUACUAAAUUAUGCAUCACCAUUAGAGAAAUUGAAACAAGUCAUUGCUAAAAGAAAUAGUGAAGGUAUGGUUGUUGAAAUUGCAUUGAUUUCAUUGGCAUGCUCACUUUCUUGGUCAACAUUGGGAAUUCUACUCAACGACGUAUACAUCUAUUUACCAAAUAUAUUGGCUUCAAUAUUAUCAACUGUUCAGUGUUCAUUAAUAUUCAUAUAUCCGGCACAUGCCAACAGUAAAUUACAAUCCUAUAAUAAUAUUCAAACAUUCACACCUUUGUGUAACAUUGCAAUGAGUAAUAAUAGUAAUAAUAAAAAUAGUAAUUCUAAUUCAUCUAACGAAUGGUUCAUUCCAGAUCGUUCAUUUUUACACUCAUUAGAACGAAUUAAAGAUACUACUACAACAACAUCAUCAUCAAAACCACAACCAAAACAAUUGUCAUUCACUGAAAAAGAUUUCCCAGGUUUACAACCUGUAUCAAAUAAAAAUAAUAACAAUAAACAGUUAGUAAAGGAUAAUACUGUCGUCAUCUACACAAACAACAAAAAUAAUAAUAACAAUACCAAUGAAUUUACAUCAUCACAAUUCACAAAUAAAAAUAAUGUUGACAUAUCUAAAACCAAUAUUGCUCAACAAUUACAACAACAACCACAACAACAAAAACAACAAUCAAAAAAUAAUCAAAAAUCAAAUGUAGAAGAGCAAUCGAAUGCAUCAAAUACAAUUACAAAUUCAACAAAACAACAGAAUCACAAUCAACAAAAUAACAGUUUCCCAAGUCUUUCUGAAUCGUUGUCUAUUAAGGGUAUGAAACCUAAGAUGACUGUAGCCAGCCCCACUACACCGUCGUAUGCCCAGCAAGCCAAUUUCGGAGAAUUGAAACAUUUGUUCUAUCAUGUCCCAACUGAGCAAAUCUCGAAGGUAUAUGAGAGUUCACAACACACCUUUGAAGCUGCAAAAGAGGAAUUGACAAAACGAUAUGGAAGUGCGCCACCAACCACCAAUGCUCCCACAACAAAAGAAACCAAUCAUCAGUCCUGCAAGUCUCAGUCAGUUGUGCACGAUGAUUCAGUUGCCAUCGAAUAUGGACGUCGUAUUUCAUGGAGUGAAACAGGUGAAAGCGUUUCAGAACUCUACAGUCAAUUCAGAGACGAAGCUAUUCUCCACGCCAGAGAGAGAAACAGAUGUUUUGACCUAUCUAUAAAACAUUUCGGCAAAGGAGAAGGUGAAAAAGCCAAGAAAUAUUCGCUGGAGGGUCAAAAGCACGAUAGAAAGAUGAAAGAAUUACAUGAAAAAGCAAAGAAAGAGAUUUUCAAUGCGAGAAACAAAAAUAAUCCACACUAUAUCGUGGAUCUACAUGGUCUGCAUGUCAAAGAGGCAUUGGAGAUCAUUGAACAAAAAUACUUGGGUCGAGUGGAUCCACUCUAUCUCAUUAUUGGAACCGGUCAUCAUUCAACAAUGCAUUGCAGACUUCCCAGAAGAGUCAAACAGUUUAUUACAGAUAACGGUUAUUCAUAUCGUGAUUGUAGUACUGACAGAAGAGAAGGAAUGAUCGUGGUUUCCAAAUGA